AUGGAUCUCUACAAGGCGGUUGUCCUUGACUUGCAUCUUUCCCCCGGCCUUAUCUCGGCAAUCCACAAGCCAACAGUCCUUGUGGGCAUUGCCUGUGCAUUGUUUUUCUCUCAGCUCCUGUUCUGGACGGCCAAGUACUCUCACAAAAAGACCAAGGGGCUAGCUGAUCUUCCUGGCCCCUCUGGAUGGCCACUCAUCGGGAUGGGCUUGGAUUUGCCAGUCCGGCCCCGCGAAUUGUUGAACCGAUGGGCGGCCCAGUAUGGAGAUGUCUUCAAGGUCCGCGUUGGCUGGUACAACUGGGUGUUCUUCAAUAGCCCCGAUGCCGUCAAGGAAGUGUUUGAUAGACAGGCUGCCGUCACCUCAGGCAAGCCACCCCUACCCAUCGCGCAAGACUAUUGCCUCCGGGGAGACGGCGUCCUCCCGAUGACGUACAACGCCAAAUGGAAACGAUUGCAUGCGUUCCUCAAGCAGCUCCUGAGCGCCAAGGCAUCCGCAGCAUUCAUCCCCAGCCAGGAAUUCGAGAUCAAGCAGCUACUCGCAGACCUCAGUCACGAAGCUGGCAAGAACAGUACCGACUUCUACAUGCACAUCCGCCGCAUGACCUUUUCCAUCGUCAUGACCUCCGCCUACGGUCUGCGCAUCCCCAAAUGGGACUGCCAGGAAGUCCGCGAUGUCUAUGGAAACAUGCGCAUGCUCUCCAUUAUCCUCAGCCCUGGGAUGUUCUGGAUCGAUAUGCGCCACUGGGACAACCUCAAAGACCGCAUCACCGCCGGCAACCGCCCCCGACUGCUUCGCCAAGGACCUCAUCGAGGCCUUGAAGAGGAGACCGUCUCCUGGCUCGCUAGCGCCGUCCCCGAAGCCGGCCCCGAAACCACCGCCAGCGCUCUCAACGGCCUGAUCCGGUAUUUGGCUAUGUUUCCCGACGCGCAGGCCCGCGCUCACGACGAGGUCACCCGGGUGCUAGGGGAUACGCGAAUGGCCACGCUGGCGGACGAACCAAAUAUGCCGUACAUCCGGGCCGUGAUCAAGGAAACGCUUCCGACUGUGCCCCACGGGGACGUCCACUACCGGGACCACCUCAUUCCCAAGGGCACCAUUCUGCUGGCGAACCUCAACACCCUGCACUGGGACCCCGAGCGCUUUCCCCACCCGUUCCACUUCAAGCCCGAGCGGUACCUCAACCACCUGCAUCGUUCCGCCGUGUAUGCUGCCGGCGGAGAUAUCCUCGCCCGCGACAACUUCACCUUCGGGGCCGGCCGGCGCAUCUGUCCGGGGAUUCACCUGGCGGAGAACGGACUGUUCCUGGCCGUUGCCAAUAUCACCUGGGCGUAUGAGUUCAAGUUGCCGCUGGAUGACCAGGGGGAGGAAAUCCCCUUGGAUAUCACGGACGAGGGGUUUAUGGAGGGCGCUAUUCGCGUGCCAAAGCAGUAUACGGUGCGGAUUCUAGAGCGGAAUGCGGCCAGGUCGAGGUUGAUCCGGUCGGAGUGGGACCAGGCGCAGCAGGCUGGGUAUGUUUUGCGUGGGUCGCAUGUUGAUGUCAAUGGGGGGGUGGGGGGAGGGUCAAAGACGGCGGCUUCUUAA